AUGGAAAAUGAAAACAUCUUGUUUUCGUUUCAGCAUUUUCGUGGAAGGAAGAACCGCUGCUAUAAGCUGGCUGUACGAAGUGUUCGGAGAGCUUUUGUGAAGUCCACAAAGGCCAGAAGAGAGAAGAAGAGAUUCCUAAGAGCGCUCUGGAUCACUAGGAUUGAAGCAGCUUCGCUUGAACAUGGUUUGAAAUACCCAGCUUUCAUAAGCAAUCUGCUUAAGUCCCAGGUGGAGCUGAAUAGGAAAAUGAUUGCUGAUUUGGCUAUUUAUGAGCCAAAGACAUUCAAGUCCUUAGCUGCCUUAGCCCAGAGAAGGAGACAAGAAGGCUUCCUCGCUGCCCUGGGAGACGGAAAAGAACCAGAGGGGAUAUUUUCACGUAUUGUACACCACUAUUGAUAUUAAAAGAGUCUGCAGAUACGUGUAAACAGGAACUUGCAUUGCAAAGUAAAC